UGCUCAAUGACAACAUUGCAUGAUGUCCGAGAUAAUUUAGAAAAUCGAGAAACUACUUCUUUUAGCAGAAAAGUUUGAAGUCUCUUUGAAUAAACGACGUUUUUAAUUUGCGUGUAAAUUUUCGUGAAACCUUAUUACCUUUGGCACAAAUUUGCUCGAGAGAUACCGUUUCCCUAACAACUUUAAAGGUUUAUGGUAGGAAGGAUUUUCAAUAUUCAUCAUGGGAAGUGUGGACACUUCUUUAUCGGAUUUCGUUACCAUAAUUGUUAAAGCACCCAAUCAACAAAUAGCUGAUCAAACCAUAAAAUGCCAUUUGAAUUGGUCCAUCAAAAAGUUAAAAGAUUACCUAUCUCAAGUUUAUCCUAGUAAACCAAAACUCGAAGAACAGAAACUCAUUUAUUCGGGUAAAUUACUCACGGAUACAGCCAUUCUUAAAGAUGUAUUGCGUACGUACGAAGGACAAGAAAAUCACACAGUGCAUUUAGUUUGUGCUUCGAAAAUGAGUACGCAAAAAACGGUGAAAAAACCUACGCCUCGUUCUGAUUCCACCGAUUCGACUUCGUCUCACAGUUCUAAUACUCAAGCUGUCAACCAAGAAAAUGAUCAUACCCAGUCUCAGACGUCAUCCCAGAAUACACCAACUUUCCCUUUUAAUGGAUCAAGUGCGCCGUUCUUCGGAUCAGUGAAUCCAAAUCAGUUACCCUCGAUGAAUAAUUUUGAUACGAGAUUUAUUUGGUCCGGUGCAAACGCUUUUGGUGGCGUUAAUGAUAUUAACGCGAAUCAAUUAGCGAUGAUGCAGCAAGCUUAUGCUCAGUAUAUUUCGCAGUAUAUGCAAAUGAUUGGUCAACCUGGUUUGGGAUAUAUGACUACUAUGUCAAAUCCAUUAUCCAGAACGCCAAGUCAAUCUGCAGGAAUACUGUUUAAUAAUGCGAACAAUAACGUUAAUAAUUUCAAUAAUUUACCGAGAGUUAGGCCUCCUCUUGUUGAGGAAGAUGUACCUGAUCCUCCGGCUCCAGCGGUUGGUGCUGUAGGAAAUGACCUCGAUGAUGAUGAAAACCGAAAUAACAGAGACUGGUUAGAUUGGUUUUAUGUACUGAGCCGUGUUGUGGUACUUUUCAGUGUAGUUUAUUUCUAUUCGACUCCGUUACGUCUUUUGGUUGUAUUGGUACUUUUGUGUAUGUUUUAUUGGCAUCAAAAUAUGCGUCUACAAAACGAUCAGUUCAACGCUAACAAUAACAAUAACGAUAAUAAUAUCGCCAACCAUAACAAUAAUCAGAAUAACGAUAAUGUGAAUAAUCAGCAAAACGAUGACAGAGUAAAUCCACCUCCUGCGACAACCCCACCAUCAACACCGGAAGACGCUAAUGGCGCAGCUAAUGAACACCCACCUAACGAGACACCGGCAACCGCUACUACUCCACUAGAACCUACUCCUCCGAUUCAAGAGCGUUUAUCGCCAAUCGCGGUUGCUGUGCUCGCAAUACGUACAUUUUUCUUGUCAUUGGUACCUGAUCAACCCGUUGUUUGAAGCAGUUAAUUUAUAUGUUUUAUUUCGCUUAUGUAUUUAUCCUUCAUUCCUCAAAUUUUACGAUCUGGAGUCAUACCUCGUGUGAUUUUAAGUUCGGAACAAAAGUUGGGAAAUCAUGUAGUUGUUCAGAUAUCUUGUAUUGGCAAAGCCUACCUAAUGUGUAUCGAUGGUAUAAAUAUUUCUAUAUUUAUACUGUACGGUAAAAGUUAGUGCCAUUAUGUCAUUAUAAACUACAAUAUCAUCGUUGAAGUAUUUUUUAAAAGUCGUCAUUUUCCGGUUUUCAUUUCUUGAAGAAUUGCCGUCUGGCGUUUCAUUUUACAUAAUCCAAAGAUUAAGUUGUACUUUUAGUUGUCUUUUUUUCUUUUUACUUUUUUUUUGUAUGUGUGUAUGCGAUUUAUAUAAGUCUAAAUUCAAUGUAAAUAUUCAUUUGUUCGUUUUUUCUUCAUAUGUUACAUUUUCACUCGAAAUUUUACGGAAUUUCAUGAAAUAUGCGCGAUAGAUGAUUGUAUGGAAUCGAAACAGUUCGAUAUUAGUUACCGUAAAAGGCAUAAUAUUAGCAACACAACGCAUUAAAAAAUAUUACAUCUGUGUUUAAUCUAUAUAUUAUUCAUAUCGAAGUUGACAGCUAACGCUUGUAUUCGUUUUUAAAGCGUUUGUUGUUACAACAGUUUGUUAUAUUUUUGAAAAUACCGUGAAUUUAUCAUUUUUUUGUAUCCGCUGCGGUGGCUUAAAUGUUAUCUUUUUUUGUGAAUAAUUCUCGAGCCAAUGGACUAGUCAAACCAAAUGACCUCUCAACGUGUUAAUUACUCUUUCGAUUGCUGGAUCGUUCGUGGUUCUAGCUUCUUUAGUUGUUUGUAACUUCUUGUGAUGUAAAUUAGCUAUGAGAAUAAGAGCUGGUGAAGAUAUUUGUUCAAAAUUUCAAAUAAUUGAGCCAAUCUCUUUGCGAGCACUUAUUGUGAUUGAAAUAACAGCCGAAGCUAGUACAAUAAACAUCCUCGCAAUUACUGAAGGAGUAACGUUUUACUCUACUUGUCGAGAGGUUAUUCAACUUGGUCGGCUUUCCGGUUCGAAAAUAAUUAUUUACAAAAAAUUCGUUACUUAUUGAACCAUCUUAGUAUAAAUCGUGUCUAAUUAAAAAUAUUAAGACAUUAAAUUGUUUGAAAACUAUUAAAA